AUGGCGUCCAAAUCCACCCCCGGGAUCUUGUAUGUAACUAUGCAGCCCAAAGAAGGCCUGCCAGACGCACAGUUCCACGAUUGGUACCAGAACGAGCACGGCCCAAACCGUCUGCGCCUUCCCUUCUGCAACAACGGCUUCCGCUACCGUGCCACCGAUCUUGAGAAGCAGCAGGGCUCCAAAGAAAAGCCAGAAUGGAUGGCCAUCUACGAUUUCGACGAGUUGGAGUGGUUGACUAAAGAGCCGUAUCAGAGGUUGAGGAGCGCACCCGUGCAGACGCAGAGAGAGAGGGAUACGAUGAAGCAGAUCUUCGUUGAUCGCAAGUCGUACGACCUCUUGGGCGAAUGGACAGGGAGCGACUUUAAAGAUUUGCAGAAGGUGGAGAACGAAGGGGAAAAGAACGUCAUGAUUGCCAUUUCGUUCAAGCUCCAGGAUGGCGAAGGCAAAGAAGAAGAGCUGAAGAAGUGGUAUGAGGAAGAGCACGUUCCCCUGCUGCAGAAAGUGCCGGGUUGGAGACGCACUCGCAGGUUUGAAACUUCGUAUCUGGACCUCCAGGCCAACAAGUCUUUGCAGAAGGAGUUCCUUGCGCUUCACGAAUACGCACCGCAGAAUGGUCUUGGCGGCCCUGAGUUCCAAAGGGCUACUACAACGGAGUGGUGCGGUAAGAUCUACAAAGACAUCGUGAAGGACCGCAAGAGGAGGACUUACGAUCUCUACUACACAUUCGGUGCUGCACAGCGCGACCUAGCCUCGCUCUCAUCCCCGGACACCGUUCAAGCAGAAUCAGAAUACGGGCUAUUCAAAACCUACCCUUCUCACAUCGCCUCCUCUAAGCGUCCAGUAAUCGAGAGCGCGAUCACCACACCCGACGGCGUCAAUCUCCCCUACCGCCUCGAAGGCUCAACCGACCCCUCCGCACCGCUACUCGUACUCUCAAACAGCAUCCUGGUCGACUACGGCAUCUGGGACGACUUCGUGACCUCCUUCCUCUCCCACGCCCCGCAGUACCGCAUCCUGCGCUACAACACCCGCGGACGCAGCACGCUACCAAAAGACACCACGACCCCGAUAACCAUCGACACACUAACCGCAGACGUGAUAACGCUCCUCGACACCCUGCGCGCCAAAACCGCAUCCCUAAUCGGCGUCUCCCUCGGCGGCGCCACAGUCCUCAACGCCGCACUGACGCACCCCUCGCGCAUCACCAGCUUCGUCGCCUGCGACACCAACGCCUUCGCGCCGCCCACAAACGCACAAGCAUGGGACGAGCGCGUCGCGAUGGCGGCCGCCGAGAACCUGACCUCCGCCUCCUCGGGCGAGCCCAUUGUCGGCGAGCAGCUCGCGGAGGUGACAACGCGCCGCUGGUUCGUGCCCGAGAGCUACGACGACGAAGAGCUCGCGCCCAAGCUCGCACGCGUGAAAGAUAUGGUGCGCGAUAACAGUCUCUCCGGCUUUAGGGAUAGCGUCAAGGCGCUGCAUCAGUACGAUAUUCGGGCCAAGAUGGCGGGUUACGAGGGCAAGGGCGCGUUUCUGGUUGGCGAGGGAGAUGGCGUGCUGCCGAAGACCAUGAAGGAGAACAUGGCGGACAAGUUGGGGAAAGGGGUGCAUUUGGAGGUUGUCAAGGGGGCGGGGCAUUUGCCCAUGGUGGAGAAGCCUGGGGAGGUUGCGCGGUUCGUGGCGGGUUUUUUGGGGUAG